AUGCGCAGCAACAUCGCCGUACAGCUGCGAGAAGUGGACAACGGCUGCCUUACCAGGAGCGGGCGCGUGAUGAUGAAAAUACUGGAUAUGGAUGUGGUCUGGAUCGCAGGAGACCUUAACGAUCACGUUGGGGAAGGGAGCCUCGAUGCAGAAGUUACAGGAAAAAGUACAACGGAUGCAAUAUUUGCACUUCGUCAAGUAGUGAAGAAGUACAGAGAGGGGCAAGAAGAGUUGCACCUGGAGAAAGCGUACGAUCAGGUCCCAAGGCAGGAAGUGUGGAAUUGUCUGCGGCUAAAGGAGGUGGAAAAGAAAUGCAUCAGGCUGGUGCAGGAUGUGUAUGAGAGCAGCAUGACACUAGUGAGAUGUGCAACAGGUGACACAGAGGAGUUUGAGGUAACGAUGCAUCAAGGCUCAGCGCUUAGCCCUUUCUUGUUUGCAGUCAUUAUUGAUUGUUUGACAGGAGAGAUGCAGAAGGAGGCCACGUGGGAUAUAAUAUUUGCAGACGACGUUGUGGUGUGUGCAGAGACAAAGGUGGAGGUAGAACAGAGGCUGGAGUUGUGGAGAGAAGUGAUGGAAGUAAGAGGUGUGAAAGCAGAUGGUGGGUCAGAGAGGGAAGUUACGAAACGGAUACGAGCAGGAUGGGGAGCAUGGCAGAAAAUAACAGGUGUGAUGUGCGACAGAAAGGUUUCAGAUACUGUGAAGGGUAGGAUGUACAGGACGAUGGUGAGACCUGCGAUGAUGCACGGAAUGGAGGCGGUAGCUGUAGCAUAG